GAUGCGUACAGCGUGCGUGUGCGUGUGUGCCUACAGUCCGUGGUGCGCGUGUGUGUUUGAGCUGAACUGGGUACUUGCCACAGUGUCUCGGGCAGAAGGGCCUAUGGACUAAUGCGUUUGGGUCCAGCUGUGAAGACCUUUCUCCGUGGAAAAACAGGACUCCUCAUCCAGGGACAGCAGCCUGAGCGUCCUCACCCCCCCCGACUGAAGCUGAGAGGGACAGGACUGCCAGGCUGAGUGGGUUUAAGAGGUCCCCCCCCCCCCGGUGCAUGUCAGAGGAACUGCAACUGAGAGUUACAUAUACUGAGGGAGCCUGAGCCUUUGCACACACCACAAACUACAGUUGCACUGACGUCUGUGGUCCACUGACCCCUCCCCCCUCCGCCUCAGACAAUAUGCGGUGCCUAGCGCUGCUAUCGCUCCUGCUGAUUACUAUUAAAGACGCCAGCUCCCAGUGGAACGUGUGGAUGCCCCGGGACAUCUCGACCAUGACCAACUCGUGCGUGGUGAUCCCCUGCACCUUCAUGUACCCGUCCGCGGUGCGGCCCUACCGCGGCGUCCACGGCAUCUGGUACUUCGGCCAGCCGUACCCGCAGUUCUUCCCCCCCGUGGUGUUCAAGUCGCGCACCGACAUCGUGCACGAGAGCUACAAGGGCCGCACCCGGCUGCUGGGGGAGCUGCCGCAGCGCAACUGCACCCUGCGCAUCGGCAACGUGGGCGCCGAGCACUCCGGCCGCUACUACUUCCGCGUGGACCUCGGCGGCUCCAACAUCUUCACCUACCCGGACUUCUCCGAGCUCAAGGUCCUGGACCAGCCCAACAUCGACGUCCCUGAGGAGAUCGUGAGCAGUGAGAACCUGGACUUGACGUGCUACGCCCCGGAUAACUGCCCGGACGUGAGCCCGGAGAUCACCUGGCUGUACGCGGAGCUCCUGCCUGACCCACAGUUCAGCUCUGAGUACCUGGAGGAGAGCAACACGGCCGUGCUCUCCAGCACGCUGUCCUUCGUGCCCCGGCCCCUGCACAACGGCAUGAUGCUGGGCUGCAGGGUGCACUACCCCAACACCACCUUCUCCUACGAGCGGCUCAUCACCCUCGACAUCAAGUAUGCCCCCCGCACGGUGUGGGUGAACGUCACUCAGGAGGUGAUGGAGGACAGCUCGGUCACACUCUUCUGUGAGGUGGACAGCAACCCCAUCCCGCGCAUCAGCUGGUUUUUCGGGGAGGAGGAGCUGCUGACAGAGACGGCCCUCAACGCCUCGUUGGUCCUGGAGAGCUUGGGGCCGGCCCAGGAGGGCCUGUACACCUGCGUGGGGGACAACGGCUAUGGCACCAUGAACAGCUCCAUGUACCUGGCUGUGAAGUAUCCUCCUCGGGAGCCCUGGGUGAAUUCCUCUCAGACGGCUGUGGAGGGCUCCUCUCUGUCGCUGCACUGCGUAACCCAGGGCAACCCGCCGCCCACGCUGACCUGGCUGAAGGAUGGGGUUCUGGUGGGCACCAUCACGGCUGAGGAGGAGUCUGUGCUGGUGCUGGAGGACCUGACGCCCCAGAGCGAUGGGCUGUACCGCUGCCUGGCCGAGAACGAGCACGGGAGAGCCAGCAGCUCGCUCAACGUCACCGUCGAGUUUGCGCCGGUCCUGCUGGAGGAGUCCAAGUGCACGGUGGUGAGGGAGGGGGUGCAGUGCGUCUGCGUGGCCUCAGGGAACCCGGAGCCGAGCGUGGAGUUCCACCUCCCCGACCUCAACGUCACCGUCAACGACACGGAGCGCCGCUUCAACUACUACACGCACACGGACGGCUACACCGCCACGGCCAUGAUCAAGCUGCGUGAGAAGGCCGAGCAGGGCGCGGCCAACGGCGGGGCCGGGGUCAACGUGCACUGCACCGUCAGCAACGUGUACGGCUCCGAGACCGUCCGCCUGGAGCUGCAGCAGGAGAAGAAGUACAUGAUGGCGGUGAUCGUGGGGACCAUCGGUGGAGUGGCUGUGAUCGCGUUCAUCAUCGCCGCCGUCAGAUACGUGGGCCGCAACAACAAGAAAGAGAAUGGCAACCCGGGGCAGGACCUGGUCUCUAAACUGGAGAACCCCUCCCUGUUCUACAGCGCAGUCAAGAAGGACAAAACCAGUCUGAGGAAGAAAGUGCUAAAGACUGAGCUUUUGGGGUCAAAGUUUAACUCGAUCCUAGAGGAGAGCUCCACGGGAGAAGACAGCGAGUACCAGCCAGUGAGCGCCAUGGCGGCUCUGGAGAGGCAGGAGCUGAACUACGCCGCCCUGGAGUUCAUGGGGGUGCGGCCGCGGGAUGGGGCGUCGGCGCAGGGGGACGACGGCAGCGACUACACCGAGAUCAAGGCCAAAUGAACCCCCCUGCUCCCCUGACGCCCCCCCGCCCCCGUCCCGCCCGUCACACAGGAGGCCCCGCCUCCCCUGCCCUCUUCUCCCGCCUCUCCUUUACUCUGCCUUUAUCCCGCUAUCCGGCCACGCCCCCCACAGACCCACCUCUCCUCUCCGCUGCAGUGGCCCGCUCUGGCCACCAGGGGGCAGUGGUCUCACCGGACAGUGGUGCAGCCUCGGAUCCUGCUACUGUAUCAGCCCCUGCCCGAAGCUGCCUUCCGCUUUUCACGCCUCUCUCACCUUGCGUUUGGCAUGUGGACGCUUUCACUGAGUGCGUGCGCCCCAUUCUGUCUCUCACCGUCUCUAGCCCCGCCCCUGUCUCUAUCCCCUCCCACCUGGGGGUGUGGCUUUGUGCUUGUCAUGCCCCCUGCAUCAGUCGCUAGUUGCAGCGUCAGGGAACUAGGGGCUGAUAACAUCCUUCACGUCCACUUCCUGUAUCCAGUCUUAGUCCAAGAGGCACACCCCACCCCAACUACCCUCCCUUUCCCACCCCCCAAAAAUGCGCCAGGUUUCCCCUCACCCCAAGCACGCCCUCCCUGAGUGGGGCUGCUCAUUUUUGGAUGUGGUAAGAGGCUGUGGUUUCCCUGUGGGUGGGGGGGGUUAUGUGGGAUGGUCUAGAUGGCACGGUUGAUGGAAGGGGGAGGGGGGGAGCCGUUUGACCUAUCCUGCGGUGGCCAUGUUCUCAUCAGCCAGGACUGAGCGCUGAUUGGUCAGGGUGAAUGUGACCCGUCUGUCUGAAGCCCCCUCUGCUCCAUGCUCACUUCCCGUCCGAGGGCAGAGAUUUCUAUGAUUGCUAUCGCUCACAUCUACUUUUUCCACACGUGAUCAAUUGUCUGUACCCCUUAUCAAACUCCUAGCUCCUGCUCUGUGUUUCAAUCCUCUCUAUGCCUCUCUAUCUCUUCAAAAUAUAGUUGUUUUUUUUGCAUUUUCCUUAAGGGUUUGCAUGUCUGGUACUCCACUUUUUGGGGGUUAGUUUCACCUUCCUCAGAUUCAGGGAAAACGGUGAUUUUUAGUUUCACCUGAGCACUUCCUUUGCGCAGUUCUGACUAGAAGUGAAGUGUAUUUCAUCCGGACAAUGUGCACACUUGCAGGCAUCUAAUUCUCCCACUUUAGGAGUCACUGAAAGCUGGUAGCCAAAAGUGUAAAGUAGAGUAUAUGCUUGGGUAUCACUUUACCCAACGGUGCUUCUUAUAAAUAGGCUUUGAAAUGGCUCUAAACACAUUAAAGGCUUUGAAACGGCUCUAAAAAUAUUAAAGGCUUUGAAAUGGCUCUUAACACUUAUCUGCCAAUUUGGUCCUAGUGUAAUAAGAUUGCAUUAGAUAUUUUAACAUGACAUAACAUAUAUUUAGGUUGCACACAUUUUCAGAAGGAAUAUAUCAGCCAUAUCUGUAAUCUGUAAAAUGAAUUGGUACAUUCUUAUAACGUGAUAUCCUGCUAUUAUAUGACUGCACUAAUAGAAUAAAUAAUAUUUGUAACCACCAUUUGUAAAGCAUGAAAAAGCAGUACAUUGAGUGGGUAAAGAGAUACCAGUACAUGUGAAUACCUUGCACAAUGUCAUCAGCGUUAAAAACGCCCAUCUUCCAAUUCCCCUUCCUUUCCCCUCUGCUGCUACUUACCACUUCAUCGGGAACGCAAACCACGAAAAAUAAACAUAUACACGACAUAGUUUGAAACAUUUAUUUCCUCAUUUACAAAAAAGAAGAAUAUCUCUCUGCGGUUUGUUUAUUUAUUUUUAGACUUGAAAACAGAACUCAGAGAGGCGCUUUUGUCAGUUCUAAUUUUCUUCCAUGUGGUGUGCUGUAAAGCUGAGUAUAUACCCGACUGUGUGGGCAUCAUAAUCCUUAUACAUGUGCCGUUUCUUGCUCUUCAUUGACAAAAUAAUAAGACGGGAAAUCCGCAAAGUCUGCGCUGUUUCGCCGGAAGUCUGUAUGCUGUAUGUAUUCGCUUGCCCUGUUUGAUUUCACAUUUUGUCCGGGCACAAAAAAAAAAAAAAAAAAAAGAAUUAAGCUUUUUUUCAAAAACAUUAAUCAAGGAGACUGAGAGCAAAACAACAGGUGAAAUACCACGCUUUCCUUUAACACGAUGGCUUCUCUGACGUCUGUCCGACCACAGCUCUGAUCUCCAUUGUGCUUUGUGUGUAAAUUGCUGAGCCUGUAGGCCAACCUGUACAUAUGAUUCCUGUAAUGUAUUAAUCUGAAAGUAUCAAUGAGUUUCUGUAUUGGUAAAUAACAAAUUUCUUUUCCAAAA